CCGCCCCCGCCGGCAUGAAGCCUCCACAGCGGCGGCGAGCGGCCCCGGCGCGCUAUCUGGGUGAGGCGACCGGCCCUGCGGCCUGGAGCGCUCGCGAGAAGCGGCAGCUGCUACGACUGCUGCAGGCGCGGCAGGGCCAGCCGGAGCCGGACGCCGCUGAGCUGGCUCGAGAGCUGCCGGGCCGCAGCGAGGCCGAGAUCCGGGACUUCCUGCGGCAGCUCAAGGGCCGCGUGGCCCGGGAGGCCAUUCAGAGGGUGCAUCCAGGUGGCCCGCAGGGUCCAAGACGUCGGGAAACACAGACCCCGGCCCCCAUCGAGGUAUGGAUGGAUCUGGCCGAGAAGCUAACAGGCCCGCUGGAGGAAGCCCUGACUGUGGCCUUCUCACAGGUGCUCACCAUCGCAGCCACAGAGCCCACCAGCCUCCUGCACUCCAAGCCCCCCAAACCUACACAGGCGCGUGAGAGGCAACUGCUGCUCAGCGCCCCUGGAGGGCGGGAGGACUCAAGCCCUGAGACCCCUGGCUCCGACCCCAAAACGAAUGGUCCCGCCCCUGAGGCCUCUGGUCCCGCCCCUGAGACAAAUGACCCCGCCCCCGAGGCGCCUUGCGAAUCCCUGGCCGACCCAUCGGCUGAAGGAGACUUCUCCGUGGACUUUGAGAAGAUCUACAAAUAUCUGUCCUCCAUCUCUCGCAGUUGCCAGGGCCCCGAACUUUCUGCAGCCGAGGCAGCCGUGGUCCUUGACCUGCUGCUGGCACUUCCGGAGGAGCUGACCAGCCUCCCCUGCGCCGCCCUGAUGAAACAUCUGUCGAAUACGUACGCGCGCCUGACGGCCCCCCAGCUGGACCCCGCUGCUGAGGGCCUGGGACCCGGGGCUGAGAAUGGUGGGACGAGCCCCAGGGGGCAGGGGGAGGCCAGCCAGGCCAUGCCCCGGGGCCCUGACAAUGCUGCGCCCAGUGAACCAAGGUCUGCUUGGCAAGCAGCUGGGGUCUGCCCCCUGAACCCGUUCCUGGUGCCCCUGGAAUUUCUGGGCCAGGCAGCCACCCCUGCAAGGUGAAGGGACACCAACCAGAGCAGGCAGAGGACACACCGGACGUCUGUGAGCCCCUGGCCCUCAGUCCUGCCUGGGCUGGCACUGGGUUGUCAUCAGUCGUGGCAGAAGGUACUGGACACCGUGGGCGUUCUAGGGUAGCUAUUAGGCCGGCUGAUCCGGCGGGGCUGUCCGCAACAAGCGCAGCUGGACAGGCGUUUGGCCAUGGAACUGAGGUGGCUCUGGCCAGGCAGGCUUGGCUAAAGCCAGUGUCAAAUCCAGCCCCCCUCCCCCAGCUCCUGUCUCUUCCUACAUGCUGUAUGCUGUGUCCUGUACCUGUGAGUAAAGUUCUUGUCAAUCUGC